UUCUGAACAGCUUCAAAUCACUUGGUUCCUAGGACUUCGGGUUUAAAAGAUUAUUUAUGCUGUGCUUAAAAGUCCAUUCUGAAAUGUGCAAGUUCCUCGAUUUUUUUUCUCACAUCAGGUCUGACUUGACUCCCUGACGUAUUGCCUUCUGAUCUUGUCUUUUAACAUCACUCUGAAGAUCCAUUCCCAGCAUUCAAACACUCUUUUUAAAAAAAACAUGAUGCAACCCAGACCUAGCCAAAAACGGUAGUCAACUAUUGGACCAAGUAAUAGAAGCCAUCAUCUUCCUGUAGUCUCGUUUUCCUGAACCCAAUCCCUAAGAUACAUGUACCUACUUGGAGUGGCUCAGGGAGCUAGAACAACAACAGGAAUGAGAGUGCAUAGAACUGGUGUUCUUGGGACCUUUCUACUACUGAUUUUGCAAAUUCAAGGUCAGAAUCCAGAUAGCAUGCUUAUGGGAACAGGCAUGAAGUCCAAUGGUGCUACAGUUGUACCCGAAGAUGCAGAGCCAAGACUUAAUUGUUACUGCUCUGGUCACUGUGCAACUGAAGAAGCAAACAAUACAUGCAAAACAAAUGGAAAUUGUUUUGCCAUUAUUGAAGAAGAUGAAAAUGGAGAAAUUACACUUGGCUCUGGCUGCAUGAGGUUAGAAGGAGCAGAUUUCCAAUGCAAGGAUUCAACGAAAGUGAGAAAACGGAGAACUAUCGAAUGCUGUAACACCGACUUCUGCAAUAAAGAUUUGCACCCAACACUUACUCCAAUUUCUGAUUCUGGUGGACUGUUUGAGGGCGAUAUCCACCGAUUAGGCCUAUUAAUCUCACUGAUUGUCUGCAUCUUUGUCCUGAUUAUAAUCACAACUGCUUUCUACUUCAGGUACAAAGGGCAGGCAGACAGACGUCGCUACAACCGGGACCUUGAGCAGGAUGUAGCUUUCAUUCCACCAGGGGAGUCUCUGAAAGACUUGAUUGACCAGUCCCAGAGCUCAGGUAGUGGAUCUGGGCUCCCUCUUUUGGUGCAACGUACCAUUGCAAAACAGAUUCAAAUGGUUCGACUAGUGGGUAAAGGACGCUAUGGUGAGGUAUGGAUGGGAAGGUGGCGUGGUGAGAAAGUGGCAGUUAAGGUGUUCCCUUCUGCAGAAGAGGCCAGCUGGUUCCGUGAAACGGAGAUCUACCAAACAGUGCUUAUGAGACAUGAAAGUAUACUAGGAUUCAUUGCUGCAGACAUUGAAGGCAAAGGCUCGUCGACAUGGUUGUAUCUGAUUACAGAUUAUCAUGAGAAUGGCUCACUGUAUGACUACCUGAAGUGUACUGUACUUGAUACCAAAGCCCUGCUGAAGUUGGCCUACUCUGCUGCUAGUGGUCUCUGUCACCUCCACACUGAAAUUUACGGCACGCAAGGCAAACCUGCUAUUGCACAUCGUGAUUUAAAGAGCAAAAACAUUCUGGUGAAAAAGAAUGGAACUUGUAGCAUUGCUGACUUGGGCCUAACUGUGAAGUUCAACAGUGACACAAAUGAGGUUGAUAUUCCACUGAACACCCGAGUGGGCACCAAGAGAUACAUGGCUCCUGAGGUGCUGGAUGAGAGUCUCAACAAAAACCAAUUCCAGGCGUAUUUGAUGGCAGAUAUAUACAGCUUUGGCCUUGUCAUAUGGGAGAUGUCACGUCGCUGUCUCACAGGAGGUAUUGUAGAGGACUACCAGUUGCCAUAUUAUGACAUGGUACCAAAUGACCCUUCCUAUGAGGAUAUGAGGGAAGUGACAUGUGUUAAAUGUCUCCGUCCAACUGUCUCAAAUAGGUGGAACAGUGAUGAGUGUUUAAGAGCGGUACUGAAGUUAAUGUCAGAAUGUUGGGCUCAUAACCCUGCCUCCAGGUUGACAGCACUAAGAGUGAAGAAAACACUUGCCAAAAUGGUGGAAUCUCAAGACAUCAAGAUCUGAACGAGCCAUUAAACGCCAGACAUUAUUGCCUCUGAAGAGGAGCAGGAACUUCUGGUGUGCAGAUAGAGGACUGGACAUUCACUCGUCCUCAUCUCUUGUACACACCACACUAGAUAGGCUGCUAAUAAUGACCUUUAGAAUUCAGGACUAUGGCAUAGUGUGGUAAGAAAGGACUUUUGAUAAUGAACCUAUAUGCCAUACUUCAUAAUGAUAAUGCCAUCUUUAACAAAAAAGGACGUGUAAAUUAAUCUUGUUAGAAUGUCUCAAACGUCCUUGGAUUUCCUAUGUGUCACUGUCUUUUUCAUUCUCUGAAUGCGGCCCAUAGUGAAUGAUGGUAGCUGGCACCGUGGAAGCUCUCAAUGGUGUAUCACAACCAGGACAUGGUGCUUUCUGUGAAAGCCUCAAUUCUGAUUGAUUGAAUUGGAAAAAACUAUAACUAGGAAGUUAAUAGUUGCUUUUCACCUACAAUCUGUAAAUAAGGUCAGAUGAAAACAUUUGCCUUUGCUUGUCUUGAUAAGCUAUGUGGGCACCAGUUAUUUCCUUUUCUCUCCCUCAAACAUUUUUGUUAAAUUAGCUAGAUUUUUAGGCAUCGACAGGAACUUUGUGAACCCUAGCUGUGCAGAGUGAACUUCUGCUGAUGCCAGGUAUGAUAUACAAUGAUGUAAUUUUGUCUUUUCAACCCCAAGCACUUUGUAUUCACAGCCAGCUCCACUACUCUGAUUGUACAUUAGCAGUCAAGAGAUACAUCUUCUCUUGAAAUGCAAUGCUGUUGCCAAUGUUUAUAAAACAAUCUGUUUUCCAGCAAUGAGACUGACAUUCUCUAACUCGUAUGUUCUCCAGGUUGUCCUCAGCAGUAGUCAAGUCCCACUGAUUAUAGUACUAUUAUUUUAAAGAUUUUUUUAACAUGCUAUCUGAAGCCCUAGUGUAUUCAUGGAGUUCCAUGUGAAGUCACAGGCAGAUAGAAUAUUUCCUGGUCUGUGUGGCUAAGCUGUCCAUUGAAGGUCAGUUAUUGAUGAGACUUCACUCUGGUAUCAGUGUGCUGAGUGUCUGAAAUGCAGCUUUGUUAACUUCUCCAGAAAGUUGGUUGUAAAAGUGAUUACUGACUUCGCAUUGUGUGAAUUCCUCCUACACAAAUACAAGAUGCUAUUAAUUUUGAAUCCUGCAAGUACACCUGAAUUACUUAAAUAACUGAAUUACUUACUUUUAGGCAAGGUAAUAUGUGUUCUGCAACAAUUCUUUUUUAGAUUUGAGUGCCGGUAUUGAAUUACUUUAAAUUCUGCUCAAUCAAGUUGUUACUAACUGCAAUAAAGUGGGAUUGGACAUAAUUGUUCUCAUGGGAAUGGAAUGUCACUACCAAGGAUUCCAAGUGAUCUCCUCAAUCCCCAUAAUCCACAAAGCUGUUCUGCUGGUUUUUAACUCUGCUGACGUGUGACUGUCAACUUCAUGCUAAGUAUCAACCUCACUGUGUCCCAAGAAAGAACAAGAAGCUGUGAUGGUCAUGCAAAAUGCUGGUUUAUUUUAAAAAUGUAAUGCCAACUCUUGUUUAUUUUACUCUAUUUGAGAAGUUCCAACCAUUGUCAUGAAUUGAUUGAUUAAUAACCUUAUUAAUCGUGGCUGAAAACUUGUGCCAGGGUCCCAGUUGCCACAGUAUUGUAAGAUGUUAUGUAACAUAAUGUUUAUAUCUUGUGUAGUACAGUUUAAAUCUUGCAAACUUUUCUUGUAAAUAUGAUAGCCAAAGUAGGUCUUGACAAAGAUAGUGUUGGUCCAUUUAUAUAAACAGGAUUGUCUUUGUUGCAUACCAUAUACAGUUGUAUAUAGUGACGGGCAUCUGCACGCCUUGGUUGUCCUGUUUGGUUUGAACAUGAAAGAUGCAGUCCCUGUAAACAAACUUGAACGUUUAUCAAGUGAGAUGUGAGUUUGUAACUCCUGUUUAAUCAAUGUUUGCAUUAUGUUAGCAUGUGUAGGCUGUGAAUUCCAACUUACUGGAUUUUGGUCACAAAUAUCAAAGCCCCAUAUAAAAGAAAAUAUGAACCACACAAGCCUUCAAAGCAUUGUACCUGAAUGGCUUGAAAUCUGUAGCCUUAUCGUUUAUGUUCCUUUUCAAGAAUGUUCUUGUUGGAAUGGAACAGCUUUUAUAAUUUUGAACUUACUGCAGGGAAUUCUUACCAAGAGUGCUAAAUCUUCUUUUUAAUCACCACAGAAUAAUGAAUGACUAGCAUAAAAAAGCCAAUAAUGCUGCCAAUCUCUGCAUUCAUCUAUCACCCUCUGGUCAUUCAUUAUUUUAGUAUAAUUGACACAAGCAACUUUUUAAACUCAUCCCCUUUUUUAAAACAUUGCAUCCCCCAUAUAUGGUGUAUUCAACAUAUGGAGGAGCAGGAGUCCAUACAGAUAACAAUAUUACUGUGAUAAAGGUGCAAGGGACUCUGCAAAUCUGGAGAGGAGAAGAAAUUAAGUGGCCUGUUCACAUUUAUUAUGGAUGCUCUGAUCUAUUUUUAAAAAAAAAAGUCAGGGAGUUUAUUUGAAAGCAGUUUUUUUUAAAUGAUCAUGCCUAUAUUUUCUCUCAUCAGCCUUUUUUUAAAAAAGGAAAGGAGGGAGAAUUCCAUCUGCCGCUUGCCAAACCAGUUUCUCCCUAUUGAUGUGUCACUGUAGCAUAGACAAAAAAGUAUGAAUCAAAGUAUUAUAGUUUAGUUAGCCUAUUUGUACAUAGUCAAUGGACAGACAACAGAGGGUUAAAGCAGUAAUGUUACUCUAAAGCUUAUGUCAUCGCAAGUAAAACAAAAUGAUUGCCAUUAAACCAAGUGUAAUGAUUUAUAAACCUAUUUUGUACAGCAUCUGGUAAAAGAUGCCUUAUUAAGUUUACCACAAAUUACUUUGCAAGAGGUACAUCAUGUACACAGAUUAUGUCCUGUAUUACAUUUAAGUAAAUAACAUUAUUUUAGUACACAA